AUGGCGUUUAUUUCCUUCCUUGGUAGACUGCUAUUCGUCUCCAUCUUCGUUCUCUCUGCUUACCAAGAGUUCAAUGAAUUCGGUGUUGAUGGUGGGCCAGCUGCGAAGGCUUUAAAGCCAAAGUUUAAUGUUUUCUCAAAGCACGUCAAGACCCAAACUGGAUUUCAGUUGCCACAUGUAGAAAUGAAACAUUUGAUACUGGGAGCCAUCAUAAUGAAGUCAGUUGGGAGCCUGUUGUUCAUAUUCGAUAACUCUGUUGGAGCUUUAAUCCUGCUUUUGCAUCAAGCAAUUUUGGCACCCAUCUUGUACGAUUUCUACAAUUACGAUGCUGACAAGAAAGAAUUCGCUCAGCUAUUUAUCAAAUUCACUCAGAACUUGGCACUGCUUGGGGCAUUGCUCUUUUUCAUUGGAAUGAAGAACUCACUUCCAAGGAGGUCAUCGAAGAGGAGGGCCUCUAAAUCAAAAACGAACUAA